AAAUCAUGUGAUUUUUUUUAACUCGGCCUAUGAAAGAUCACCAUCAAUGUUGGCGCUGAUAGAACGAUGAACGAAGAAACAGAUGAAUUACGGCUUCAUAGUUAAACAAAUCGCGUUAAAACAUUUUUUGAAAUGGAUAAGAGUUGGAUUAAUAUGCAUAGAACAUCGACACAAUAUAUAGGUGGAGUUCAAGCAUUCCUCGAUUUUGCUUUUGCAAAUGCUCCAAACCGUAAUGUGAUUCUUUGCCCUUGUGCAUCAAUUCCACAUACUCCAAGCCACACCAACGCUACCAAUGACACAAACUUUGAUGGCAAUGUGGACACUAAUGCAUUGUUCAGUGAUAUUUUCGGGAUAUGCAAUGAAGGGAUUUAUAAAAAAUCGCAGCACCCUGACUCCGGUAAUCAUCCUAAUUUAGAUCCUUCAUUUGGUAUAGAUGGUGAGCAUUUUAUGGUAAAUGAUGACUUUAUUGAUGAACUUAACUCUUACGAAGCUAUGAAUGAAGAUGAGAACUUUGAAGAGGCUGGGUACAAAAAUCUACUUGAGCAAGCCCAUCAGGAGUUAUAUCCGGGAUCAAGUUAUUCAAGGUUGUUUUUAAAUGAAAAAUUGGAAUCUUAUCCACGAGUGCCAACAGAUGCAAUUAAGCAAAAAUGGUUGGUUGAGGAUUUUCCAACUUGGAUAAGAGAAAGGGUCUCAAACAUAGAUAUUGAAGAUUCAGAAUCAAGUGUGUUUAGGGCGGUGGCUUCAGGUCCUCAUCGAGUAGUGAAGAGAAUGAACGGGUUUGUGAUCAAUGGGCUACUGGUUUGUGCAAGAACAGGGCAGAUCCAGAUCUGUUAAACACAGUACUACGAGAAAAGCUAGACAAAUCUAUACUUGUAAGUGCAUUAUAUAUUGUGUGUGUGUGCAUAUAUAUGUUUCAUAAGAGUUCAUGUUCAUGCAAUUUUUGUUCCUCUACCCAUCCUACUGGAAUCAGCUUCCUCCCUUCAAGAAUUUUUGCCCUGCUUCGAGUAACUAUAUGUGAUGGAGAAUAUGUUUUUCUGAGUAGCUAUGGUAUACAUGCCGUAGGGUAAUAAUAGCCUCGGUCAUGG